CCGCCGGCUGCAAGACACCCGGUGCCCAGGCGGCCGGGAGGUGACUCUGACUGCCCCGCCGUACCCGGGGCUGAGCAGCGGGGCAGUGUUCCGGAGUGAUGCGCUGAGGGCUCAGAGUCCCAGGCGUCUGAUUCGUGGGCUGCACCCGCUGCGGACCCCAUGGAGCCCGCGAACACCGGGCGGAGCCUGCUUUCGCCACAGCCUCGGCUGCUGCCGCUGCUCCUGCUCCUGCAGGUGGUGGGACCGGCGGGCGCCCUGGCGGAGACCCUGCUGAGUGCGCAGAGGGCCGUGGGCAGCAGCUCCAGCCCGCCCAGCCCCGCGAGCGUGGUGGCCCCGGGAACGACACCAUUUGAGGAAAGUCGGCUGCCCGUGUUCACCCUGGAUUACCCGCAUGUGCAGAUCCCCUUCGAGAUCACCCUGUGGAUCCUUCUGGCUUCCCUGGCCAAGAUUGGCUUCCAUCUCUACCACAAGCUGCCCACCAUCGUGCCUGAGAGCUGCCUUCUCAUCAUGGUCGGACUUCUGCUGGGCGGGAUCAUUUUUGGGGUGGAUGAGAAGUCCCCUCCCGCGAUGAAGACUGACGUGUUUUUCCUGUAUCUCCUCCCUCCCAUUGUGCUCGACGCCGGCUAUUUCAUGCCCACCCGCCCCUUCUUCGAGAACCUCGGCACUAUUUUCUGGUACGCCGUGGUUGGCACCUUGUGGAACUCCAUCGGCAUUGGGGUGUCAUUGUUUGGCAUCUGCCAGAUCGAAGCCUUUGGUCUCAGCGACAUCACUCUGCUCCAGAACCUGCUUUUCGGCAGCCUGAUCUCAGCCGUGGACCCCGUGGCUGUGCUUGCUGUCUUCGAGAACAUUCGUGUCAACGAGCAGCUCUACAUCCUCGUCUUUGGAGAGUCCUUGCUGAAUGAUGCAGUCACAGUGGUCCUGUAUAACUUGUUCAAGUCCUUUUGCCAGAUGAAAACCAUUGAGACCAUUGAUGUGUUUGCUGGAAUUGCUAACUUCUUUGUCGUGGGCAUUGGUGGAGUGCUGAUCGGCAUCUUCCUGGGAUUUAUAGCAGCAUUCACAACCCGCUUCACGCAUAAUAUCAGAGUGAUUGAGCCGCUCUUUGUUUUCCUGUACAGUUAUUUGUCCUACAUCACAGCUGAGAUGUUUCACCUCUCGGGCAUCAUGGCAAUCACUGCUUGUGCCAUGACUAUGAACAAGUACGUGGAAGAGAAUGUGUCUCAGAAAUCUUACACGACCAUCAAGUACUUCAUGAAGAUGCUGAGCAGUGUCAGCGAGACCCUCAUCUUCAUCUUCAUGGGCGUGUCCACCGUUGGGAAGAACCACGAAUGGAACUGGGCCUUUGUCUGCUUCACGUUGGCCUUCUGUCUGAUCUGGCGGGCGCUGGGUGUCUUUGUCCUGACUCAGGUCAUUAAUUGGUUCCGGACCAUUCCACUGACCUUCAAAGAUCAAUUCAUCAUUGCCUAUGGAGGCCUCCGUGGCGCCAUCUGCUUUGCGCUGGUCUUUCUCCUUCCUGCUGCCGUGUUUCCUCGGAAGAAGCUCUUCAUUACGGCUGCCAUCGUUGUCAUAUUCUUCACCGUCUUCAUCCUGGGCAUAACUAUCAGACCAUUAGUGGAAUUUCUAGACGUUAAGAGAUCCAAUAAGAAACAGCAGGCUGUCAGUGAGGAAAUCCACUGUCGGUUUUUUGAUCAUGUGAAGACUGGGAUUGAAGACGUCUGUGGACAUUGGGGUCACAACUUCUGGCGUGACAAGUUUAAGAAGUUUGAUGAAAAAUACCUGCGGAAGCUUUUGAUUCGGGAAAAUCAACCCAAGUCAAGCAUUGUGUCCUUGUAUAAAAAGCUUGAAAUAAAGCAUGCCAUUGAGAUGGCAGAAACGGGGCUGAUAAGCACUGUACCUUCUUUUGCAUCUCUGAAUGAUUGCCGUGAAGAAAAAAUAAGGAAGCUCACCCCUGGAGAGAUGGAUGAAAUUCGAGAAAUAUUAUCAAGAAAUCUCUACCAAAUACGUCAAAGGACUCUGUCCUACAACAGACACAACCUAACAGCUGACACGAGUGAGAGGCAAGCCAAGGAGAUCCUCAUCCGACGUCGGCACAGUUUGCGGGAAAGCAUCAGGAAGGACAACAGCUUGAAUCGAGAGCGCAGGGCUUCCACUUCAACUUCCCGAUAUUUAUCUUUACCUAAAAAUACAAAGCUUCCAGAAAAGCUACAGAAGAGAAAGAAUAUUUCUAAUGCAGACGGUGACAGCAGUGACUCCGAUGCGGAUCCUGGAACCACCGUACUCAAUCUGCAGCCCCGAGCCAGAUGCUUCCUGCCGGAACAGUUCUCCAAGAAAGCCUCGCAGUCCUAUAAAAUGGAAUGGAAGAACGAGGUUGAUGUGGAUUCCGGGCAAAGGCAGCCCAGCCCCGCUUCAGCACCCCGCAGCAAAGAGGGGGGCACCCAGACACCAGCUGUCCUGCGGCAGCCCCUUCUUUCCAAAGACCAGGGGAGGCAGGACAGUUUGACUCAAGAUGUCAGACCCAAGCCGCCCCCGCGGCUGGUCCGGAGGGCGUCUGAACCUGGAAACCGAAAAGCACGAUUUGGGGGUGAGAAGCCUUAA